ACAAAAUAACUUUCACGGGAUCCACAGAAGUGGGCAAACUGAUCAUGAAAGCCUCGGGCGACUCCAACUUGAAACGAGUGACACUUGAACUGGGCGGUAAAAGUCCCAACAUCAUUUUUUCCGAUUAUGACAAUUUAGAAUACGCAGCUAGUGUAGCGCAGGAAGCAGCUAUGACGAACAUGGGUCAAUGUUGUUGUGCGGGAACGCGGACUUUCGUCCAAGAAGGAAUUUAUGAUAAAUUUGUGGAAAUUUCGAAGAUGUUGGCCGAAACCAGAACUGUGGGGAGUCCAAUGAACGAUGACUCUCAGCAUGGACCUCAGAUUGACAGCGAGCAGAAAGGGAAGAUUCUCGACUUGAUUGAAAGUGGGAAGAAAGAGGGAGCCAAGGUUGUGUUCGGUGGCAAAUCUAUGGAUCAGUCUGGAUUUUGGGUGGAGCCAACUGUGUUUGCAGAUGUGGAGGACGGAAUGAGGAUAGCCAAGGAGGAGAUAUUCGGACCAGUCCAGUCCAUAUUCAAGUUCAAGACCCUGGACGAAGUGGUAAAGAGGGCCAAUGACACUCAAUACGGACUGGGUGGUGCUGUUUUUACGAAAGAUAUUGACAAGGCGUACACUGUGGCUAGCAGCAUCGAUGCUGGAACUGUAUGGAUUAACUGCUACAAUGCAGGAGAAGCAAACACACCCUUUGGUGGUUUCAAGAUGUCCGGAAUAGGACGAGAAUACGGAGAAGAGUCUCUGAACAAUUACUUGGAAACAAAAACUGUCAUUUUGAAAGUGCCCCAGAAGAUUAACUGAGUUGCACGUGGACACGUAUCAUUGAAACUUUAUCCAAAUAGUGAAACUCAAACUAUAUGACAUAUUGAUUUAAAGCAGAAAAAGGUGUGUGCUACCUUUGAAAUGUAUCAUGAUGGAAUCAUUCUUAAUUGCUAUGAAGAAUCAGCUCUUUACGUU